AUGGCUGAAUUUUCAGCAUUGAUGGAGCAAAUGAAGCAAAUGCAGCUCCAAAGCACAAGCGAGGAAGAACAUCGCCACAUCCAAGCUCAGAUCCAAGCUCUCAUUGAGCUUGAGCAGCAGAGGCUGGCUGCGGAAGCCGAGGAGCGCAAGCUUGAGCAGCAGAGGCUGGACGCUGAAGCCGAGGAGCGCAAGCUUGAGCAGCAGAGGCUGGCCGAGGAGCGCAAGCUUGAGCAGCAGAGGCUGGACGCUGAAGCCGAGGAGCGCAAGCUCGAGGAGCGCAAGCUAGCAGCCGCAGCCGAGGAAAAAGCAGCAGCACAGCUCAAGCUCAAACGGAAAACAAGUCGCGACAAGAUUAGAGUCUUGAAGGGCAUGUUCACCCUUGCGCUGCAAUACGAAAAGGCUUUAUGGAACAAGUUGGUGGCAAUGCCUGAUGAUGAUUUUGAAACAUUUGUCGACGAAGUCAACAACAUGCCCUCUGCCGAGAGGAUGAACGAAUUGUACCCCCUGGAAGGCUUCACAUGGACACUGCUACCACCGUCCGAGUCACGUGGCCAGAUGCCUUCAAAGGCGCCCUCACAAACCUUGUCUCUGACCGCUGCAAACGAACUCCUUGGCACCGUGGUCGCAGAGCUUCCCUGCAGCCACCACUACCUUGCAGCGAAAAUUGCCAAGCGCAUUGAUGAGCUUUGCGCGGAUGGCCAGUGGAAGAGCAGCGAGGCGCUAAUGGAAGGUCUUCGGUGGGCGGUCAAAGCUCAACGCGACUCCCAGAUGACUGAACUCCAGCAGGAGCCCAGCAUUUCUUCGCGAGUUUCCAUUGUGUUGCAGCGCUACUUUGGCCUGAAUGUUGUCCAUCAGUACGCCAUCGGUUCCUACGGCACCCACGUUGAUUGGGCGGGCUUUGACGACAACCAUCACGUUGUCGUCAUGGGCGAGUGCAAAAAGCAGGAGCAGCCGUUCCAAGAAUAUGGGGGCCAGGUUGCCAACGAGCUCUUGCGACUGGGGGCCAUUCCAACGUUGUAUGAGAGCAACAGCGACAUAUCGCUGACUCGGCGGAAGGACAUUUUGUGGCCCAUCAUCAACAUCAACGUGGUGGGAGACAAUGUCAGCGCCUACCUGGCUUUGCAAGUGAUUGAUGUUCGAUGGGAGCAGUUUGAGGGUUGCCUGGCAGAGAUUCUGCCAUUGCUCGAGAUUGACAGUUCGAACGCGAAGCCGAGGACAUCGGGGCUGUUCUUUUUGCGCCUCGGUGCCGCAAAUUUUAAAGAAGAUUCGCGGCAGGUAGAAAGCAUCUUGCGAGCUUGCAAGGAAUUUGUGCAAGGGGAUUUGGCGCGCUUGCUGGAUAGGGCAGGUGCUCAGACUCUAUCGCGGCCACGGCUGCCUCCACAACCAUUUCCUUGCCCUUUUGACCACCUCUGCAAGUGGAAUCUGAAGGAUUCGUAUGGUCCCAACGUGCAGGUCUACAGCAUCGGGAAGCAAAACAAGGAGCAAGGCAAGGUGUUCAAGCACUUUGACUACUGGGGACGCACGGCAAAUCUCUGCAGCAGCCUCUCGGCACAGUGUGUGUCUUACCAAGAUCGCCGCUACCCGCCUGACGACCGAAUCUUGACAAUACUCAGUCAACUGGAUGUGGCAGGCUCAUUCUAUCAGAAGUGGGAGGUGGCGAGGCUUGCAACUGCCGUGGAUGUGCUCAGCUACCCUUACGUGAAGCCGGCAGACACCGUCGAGAUUGAGCAACUGGUCCAGGUCAUCUACCAACUGAAGGCCAUCCAUAGCGUUGACUUUGUGCACGGCGACAUUCUUCCUCGCAACAUUCUUUUUUGCAGCGACUGGGAAGGGCAUCCUGCGGCCUUUCUCAUCGACUUUGAUCUCGGCAGGUUUCUUGCUGCUAAUCCUGCCCACAACCCCGUCUAUGCCUCCAAUUUUGCCAGGGAAGGAGAGCCGCUGGAGCCUUUUCGUCAUCCAUUAGCCCGGCGGAAUUUGCCAAUGCAGAAGGAGCACGAUGGCUUUGCCUUGGCACGUGUCAUGGAGAAGUUUUUGCAGGACGACGAGGCUCGUCAGCAGCUGGUGGCUGCGUUGGAAGAGCUGCAGCUGGAUGACGCUGCCACGCUGUGUCAGAGGUGCUCGCUUUUGCCGCCAGACAAUGUUGCUGGGCUUGGCAAGGCCACGGGCAGUCCUCGACGUUAAUGUGCCAACCUGGCCCUCCCCUUCUCCAAGUAUUCCUGACCCUUGUGCUUAUUUUUCCGGCCCAUUUUGCGCCAAAGCGACGGCUGUCAUCAGUUCAUUGUAGUGUCAUGCUUAAAACCCCGUUGUCUUGGGAGGAGAAACACGACAUUGAUUUUCUUCUGUUC